GUCAGAGUGUGUCCUUUCCCGUGAACAAAGGCGAAAUGAAUGAAUGAACAAAGGUGAAAGAAGACUCACUGUAAAGGAACUACCUUGUCUCGCUAGUGCUAAAAGAUGAUCACCAGAAACGCGUGGUGAGGACUGAGUUACCAGCAGCCAAAAAACAAAAAUGGAAAAAUCCGAUGGAUGAAAUUGGAAUCUGAUGUAGAUGACGAAUCACAACCAANAGGUGAAAGAAGACUCACUGUAAAGGAACUACCUUGUCUCGCUAGUGCUAAAAGAUGAUCACCAGAAACGCGUGGUGAGGACUGAGUUACCAGCAGCCAAAAAACAAAAAUGGAAAAAUCCGAUGGAUGAAAUUGGAAUCUGAUGUAGAUGACGAAUCACAACCAAAACCAAUAAUGGUGGUGAAAACAGUUGAUGUAAUCCUGAUCACUCUCACGCAAUAUCGAAAAGUAAAAUACAAAAACACGUCCAACAUGAUAUCAUGCAAGAAGUUCCUGUUGUAGGUUUUGCAUUUUUGUCGUGUGCUUCUUAUUGUAAGAUCAUAGCGCUCUUGCUAUGGCAUAGAAGUACAUCAUAGUAUUCACUUGUUAGUAAGUAGUAGAGAAUCAACAACAACAUGUCAGCUUAUCUCCUCGCAAAGGAGCCAGCUUGUGGAGGCCUCUCGAGGCUCGUUUCGCAGAAUGCAGCUCGAGCCAUCUCCAGCGCUAUUCCUCAGAUGGCUACUGGAGCUAUAAUGCCUAGAAGGCAUAACAAUAACCCAUCAAGAAGCAUAGCGUCUACGGCGAUACCUUUUUUGAGCGGCUGCGGGACUUCAUCAUCUUCUAGCAGCAGUAGCAGUUGUAUUGGUCGAAGAGCUUACAGCACACCUACAACUAGUUGCGAUGUCGUGAAACGGGCAAGUACAACUUCAUCACCAGGAGGAGCAGCUUCACUUCGAACUACGCUUACCGCUUCUGGUAGAACUCCUAGCCUUGUUCCUAGUAGCACCACCACGAGAAGCUUGCUAGCAGCCGCGCUUACCAGGAUGAGGAUAUCGUCAUAUCUACAAGAGGGAUUCUUGAAAACUGCUUGUCGCUGGCAGACAACAGCGACUGAAAGACAUAGUGGAAAGGCGGCGUUGAAUUUGGAUAAUGGUAUACUCAUAGAUAGGGGGGACCGUGCAGCCCUAAAACAUAUAUAACACUGCGAACUACAGAAUCAGCGAGUGCUAGUAUGACAUUGAGUGACUAUGACCACAUCGAUAUAUGCCUGAAUAUAUUCAAAUAGUGAAUAUUUAUUUCUUUGACACACUUCAUUUCAAGGGUCUACUUCCGCCCAGACUCAUUCCUACCUCUCCUCCAAGCACUUACUACAGUCCCCGGCACUCGUGAGACCGACGCCUACAUCAUGGUCUAUACUUGCGAUGUGUGCAAGCAUAGAGAAGCGAAGAAAAUCUCAAAGACGUCGUAUCACAAAGGGAUUGUGAUAGUUACGUGCUCCAAUUGCAAGAACCGACAUUUGAUAUCGGACAAUCUCAACUGGUUCGGCGAUAAGCCCCAAAAUGUCGAGGACUUCAUGCGAGAUAAGAAGGGGGUCUUCUUCAAGAACGCGAAUUUCACGGUGAGCAGGAGAGCGAAAGGAACGCCGCAGAGUACUGCACCCGCUACGCCGAAUGAAGUUGAAGAACAUCUAGAGGGUGCUGGCAUGUCAAAGGCAACUUCUGCCGCAGCAGAAGAGCAACUAAGUAGAUCACGACCUGCUGAAGGAACGCCAGAACAGCAACAUGAUGACCAUACUUGUUCAUCUUCACCUGCACCAGUGGAGAGCCCCCCUGCUGGAUCUCCAGCAAAUUCCCCCUCCGCAUCAUCUUCCACCUCCGAUGAUAUGUCAACUUUCCUCCGUGUCGAACUACCCGGUGGCGGCUACCAAGAAAUCGAACUAGAAGGAAAUGAGGUCUCCCUUUCAGCUGGCGACAUUCUCCAGACCCUAGCAGCUAGCGAUCUGCUCCAUAUCGAGCCAGCUGGUGUGCCCGCAGAAGUUGUGGGUGCUGACGGAAGUAGUGCUGCAUCAUCCACCUCCGUUAUGGGAUCUUUUGCGAAGGCAGCGAACAGUACAGCUGGAUUCACGAAGGAGGUUGGGCCGGAUCGGAUAAAGGAAGUCUAAAUUUAAUGAUUAAGUCAGAACACCACGAGGUGGACCAUCUAGAUCUACUCCAUAUUACAGAUUGAAUCUAUCUCUUCACCCGCUCUGGCUCUCCAAAGGACAGAAGUACGAUAUCCGCGCGCCCGCAGUGUCCUGGCACCCAAACACCUCCACAUGGUCAGAAGUAAUUGGCUUCACAUCAUGAUCUCUUUAUUCUUCAUAAAUUUCGAACGCAACCCAUUACCCCAACAUGAGAGCCCUCUCUCUCUCUCUCUCGUUGCUGGGGCAAAACAUGUGAGUUCUUAACAUUG